AACCAUUAUCCAAUUAGUAGGUACCUAGUACAAAUCCCAUACUUACAAAAGAUAAAGAUAAAAUAAAACAAUCCUCCAUACCAAAUCGGCAGAAAUGACGACAAUCUGUAUCAUAACUGGAUAAUCUUCAAAAUGCAGCCUCGGAAACCCCAAGCGGCGUCCAUAUUCGCUCCCAAAACGCCUGCCCCUCCAAACCCAAUACCAUCUUCAUCACCCGCCUUUGGAACACCAGCGCAUACCCUCAAGCCGUUUGCCAUAGCCCCUCCGACCAAGGCGACUAUCUUGCCAAUCCUUCUUCCACCCGCUACAUUAAGACCGCUAGCAUUUCGAACCUUUACAAAAAAGCAUAGCUUAACUAUCACAUCAACCGCCCUACAAGAAUUAGCCACCUUUAUUGGUAGGCAUUGUGGCUCAGGAUGGCGCGAAGAAGGGUUGGCAGAAAAGGUCUUGGAAGAGGUCGCUAAGAGUUGGAAGAACCGAAAUGGGGGUGUGAUAGUGGACGGCGCCAGCAAUGAGUUGAAGGAUAUUUUGAAAACGUUGGAGGGGAAUAUGAGCGGUGGGAGGAUAGUAACUGGGCGAGAUUCGAAUCGUCAGAACAGCUUCGUAUUAGACUCGGGGCAAGAAGUCGAUUCAGCGAACACCAGGUUAGGAUUAAGACCAAUCAAUGCCUUAUCCCGUGGUGACAGCGCAACGAGCUUUGGGAUGUCAGGAUUAGGCGUGGAAGAUGAGGAGCUUGACGAAGACAGCCUGAACCACCCAAGAAAGUGGCUAAAGGUUGUGAGUGCCUAUGAUCAGCCGCGCAUGUUAUUCAAUGUGACCAAGAAGCACUUUGAGAGGGAUCCCUCCAAACCAUCUUUAAUGCCACCAGCAUCCCACAAGACAUCCCUAUUUAGAAAUAGAUACAACGUGAUACACCAGAGACUUUUGCGCAACGAAUCUUUCCAGAGCUCAACAGUAGCAUCCACGAAAGCAGCCCCAUCCUCAAAACGACAAGGCUCUAAUCCAACGACCCAGCAAGCAUACAAAAUAACACCUAUAGCCAAUCUCCUCGGCCGACAUGGCAGCCACCACAUGCUUCUCGGCCUAUUAUCCAUCCUGCCAACAGGCACCCUAUCCAUCUGCGAUCUAACAGGAACCAUCUCACUCGACCUAUCACACGCCGUUGCCAUACCAGAAGACUCGGCCUGGUUCACACCAGGCAUGAUCGUAUUAGUCGACGGUGUAUAUGAAGAAGAGGAAGAAUCAACAGGCAAGGGCCUCGGGGGCAACAAUGGAGUCGGCGGCAUAAUAGGCGGCCGGUUCCAGGGGUUCUUCAUCGGACAGCCCCCCUGCGAGAAGCGCAAGGCCACUCUUGGCGUCAGCGGUCCCGACGACCACACCAUAGGCGGCGGGUUUGGGUGGAUUGACUUCCUAGGCGUGGGCAGCGAGCGUGCCGUCGGUUCGAGAAUGCGGAAACUCGAGCAGCGCAUCCUGCGCCAGCAACGGCUAGCCCAGCUCUCAUCAUCCGCCGAGCCAGACGCCGAUGCGCCGAGCUGUGCCCGCGUCGUGCUCAUCGGCGAACUGAACCUCGACCAGCCCCGUGCUCUGCAGGCCCUACACAAGAUCCUCGCCACGUAUGCCGCGGAGCCCGAGGGCAGCACGCCCAUGUCCUUCGUGCUAAUGGGCAACUUCGCACAGCACGCCGUCAUGGCCGGCGGCGGGGCCAGCGGCGGCUCCGUGGAAUACAAGGAGUACUUCGACGCUCUGGCGUCCGUGCUCUCGGACUUCCCAACCCUCCUCCAAUCCUCCACCUUCGUCUUUGUCCCCGGCGACAACGACGGCUGGGCCUCGUCGUUCGGGGGCGGCGCCGCUGUCCCGCUACCCCGUAAGCCGGUGCCGGAUAUAUUCACGAGCCGUGUGCGCCGCGCGUUUGCGACCGCGAAUGCGGAGGUGGGCGGAGGAGGCGCGGAGGCAGGCGGGAAAGGUACCGGCGAGGCUAUCUGGACGAGUAAUCCGGCCCGCUUGUCUGUGUUUGGCCCCGCGCACGAGAUCGUCGUGUUUCGCGACGACAUGUCAGCGCGCCUGCGUCGCACGGCCGUGCGUCUGAAAUCCUCGAAACCUGACGGCGACGAAGAAGGCGAUGAAGAGGCUUCCUCAACUACAAAAAAGGGUCUUCGUAAAAACGACAACGACAUAGACAUAGACAUAGACAUGUCCAACGCCCUCGAAGGCACCGACGAAAUGGAAAUCGAUUCCUCCCAACAACAACAACAACAACAACAACAACCUCCCACCACCACCACCAACCCCAAAGAAACCCCCUCCUCCAUCCCCUACAACAUCCACGCCGCCCGCAAGCUCGUCAAGACCAUCCUCGACCAGGGCUACCUCUGCCCCUUCCGCCACGCCCUCCGCCCCGUCCACUGGGACCACGGCGUCGCCCUGCACCUGUACCCGCUGCCCACCGCCCUCGUCCUCGCCGACCCCUCUGCUCCGCCGUUCUGCGUCACGUACGAGGGCUGCCAUGUCAUGAAUCCCGCUGCGGUCCUGGUUGCGGGAAGGCGUGGUGUGGGCAGGUGGGUUGAGUAUGAGUUGGGGGGCACGGGGAGGGUUAGGGAGUGUUUGUUUUGAUUGUGGGGAGAAAGGGGGUUAAGAGGAGACGAGAGAUAAGGAGAUAGGAGAUUAGGGUCGAGAGGUCAAGUGGUUAGUUAAGUGGUAGUUGGUAUGUAAAAGGGCAGAUACCUUCAUGUACCUACCUACUAGGUUAGAAGGUAUGUUGAAGACAUGAGACACACAAGAGAGCACAUUACAGCAUAGUUAGGUAUCCAUGAUAACUAACAUCCAUCAUCAUAUGUAGUUAAUGGUAAUUCACAACAAUGAAUCACAGCCCCUUCCUUCCUCCUAAGAAAAUAGGUACCCUACCUAUUUCACACCAUAUCACACAUAACUAGGUACUAGC